AUGGCACAGCUCUUGGACGGGGCCGGCAAACUGGGCUGGGUUCUGCUCAAGUCUGUGCUCCGUUUUGUGUUUAUGUUCUUCAACAACUGUGUAGCCAUCCCAUCCUACUGCUUAUACCUGCUGCUGCUGCAGCCGCUCAGAAUAUGGGACAGCUCCACUUUCUGGCACAUUGAAGGAGUCAUGUUCAAAUGGUUGCUGGCCAUGGUGUCUUCAUGGGGCUGGAUCGCAGGCUAUACAGUAACGGAGUGGGGCGACGACGUACGGCCCAUCUCUGAAGAGGAGGCCAUGGUCAUCGUCAACCACCAAUCGACAGGAGACGUGUGCACCCUCAUGAUGUGCCUGCAAGACAAGGGCACGGUGGUACGAAGAAUGAUGUGGUUGAUGGACCAUGUGUUCAAAUACACCAACUUUGGCCUAGUGUCCCUCAUCCAUGGGGACUUCUUCAUCAGACAGGGUAAAGCUCACCGAGACAAGCAGCUGGUCUACCUGAAAGAUCACCUAGACAAAUACUACCACAGCCGUGACAGGAAGUGGAUAGUGCUGUUCCCGGAGGGCGGCUUCCUGCGCAAGCGGCGGGAAACCAGCCAGUUGUUUGCCAAGAAGAAUUCCCUCCCCCACCUGACCCACGUUACGUUGCCACGUCUGGGGGCCACCCACGUUAUCCUGAAAACCCUGUCAGCCCAACAGGAGAAUGGCAGCGUGGGCGGCGAAACUGGGACCCCUAACCAGACAGGUAAUAAACGUAAAGGCCUGCAGUGGGUAAUAGAUGUGACCAUAGCUUACCCCAAAGCAAGACCCAUGGACAUCCAGACCUGGAUCUUCGGCUACAGGCCUCCCACAGUCACACAUGUACACUACAGGAUGUACCCAAUAAAGGAGGUUCCUGUGGAGGCCGAGGCCCUGACUGACUGGUUGUAUCAGAGGUUUGUGGAGAAAGAAGAGCUGCUGGCCCACUUCUAUGACACAGGAUCAUUCCCCCAUGAAGGACAGAGGGAGACAGUCUCUCGGCAGAUGACCCUCGACCCCGUGUGGCUGUGUAUCAUCCAGUCGUUUGCGUUCGCCUCUGGCUUCAUGUGGUACAGCGUCCUCCAGUACCUCUACUGCUGUUUAUUUUGAGUGCGCUGAUGAGGCGAGAGUCUUUAUCGGACCACUGGAAAAGCCUCAGGAUCAGUUGGUGUGUGGCCCAGCGUCAUACUCGCCCCCUACGAUGGAUGAAUGUACAUUUACAACAGUGGAGAGACUUAACAGGAAACAAAAAAAAAAAACCUAGGAGACAAGAACACACACACAGAUUACAAAUACCCAUUCAAGACGAAACUGGUCACAGGCAUAGUUAACUUGCACACAACCCUAACACCACACACUCGCUCCAACGGCCUAGCAGAAUAAUCGCACUCGUCACGACUCACAUUUCGAUGUUUACACGUCCUCAUACACGUAGACGCUCACACGUACAUAACUUUUUAUUCAAAGUUAACGAAAUGAGGCUCAGGACUCCUCCAGAAGACGCUCUGGACAGGACUCUCUCUCCUCCCCUCCUAGGCUUUAGCCGUCGUAGUUUUACAGAGUAUAAAGUGUGUAUGGACGCGUGUGUGUGAGUGAAUCAAUGUGACUAGAAGCAUAAUGUCUGCCCUUACUCUUCUUCCUGGCGAGAGUUGAUGAAGCCCACUGGACCUCUCUUUCAGCCCGCUGAUUAGCUGGCUGGCCACACCUUCCAGAGCGAGCGGCUGUAUGAACGUUGAGGCUGUGCAGCCGGCCGGUCGCUCCUCUGGCCUUCAUUGCACUAAGGAUCCAUACUGCCCUAACUGCUCCCUGUCCCAGGAAAUACUCCUGAUCGGUAGCUGUCAAUGUUUUAAUUUCUUUUAUUUUCUUCCCUUAACCCGCAUAUCUCCACGAUAACGGCCAUCGUAUUUGUUGUUGAUGUCUUUUCGUUGACUUUCUUUCCCCCCCCCGCCUGUCUGUCGAGGCAGUAUUGUGAGCUCACUGAGAAAAGGGGAUCAUGUUUACACUGGCGGCCCUGCUGAAAGCCUAAAGGGAUGGCGGCUAUGAUGCGGCGCUCGAUUUCAGGAACGUUUUUCUGUGUCAGACUUUGAAGGAAGGAAGAGGAGACGGUGCUGUAGUGCUAAUUUUAAAAACAAAAAAGAAAAAAAACAACAGUGGCGGCACGCAGGGCAAGAAUUACAGUCUGAUCAGCUAUAAAGUUUUUCCCUCUGUGUCAAUCACCCUCCCAACAUAUACACAAACACACACACACACACACACACGAAUGCACACAGAACCAUGUGCAGCUACACACAACAGAGUAGACGUCUGUCUGAAAGGAUCAUCUCAGCGAGCCAGACUGAGACGGCAGAGACUCUUAUUCCCCCAUUGGACUACAUAGUUUUACAAAUAUUUAAGCCAUAUGCUUAGUGUCGUCGGGGCGGGGAAAAGACAUGGAAGAAAAAAAAAAAAAAAAGAUUUUUAUAGAAAGCUACCCUAAUGUUCAGCAUUCUAAAAUAGAGAUUUUGGCUUACAGAACUAUAGGUGUCAUUACUGUAAAUUUACAGCAUAACCUGCCUAAGUGAGUGUGUGUGGUUGUCUUUUCCCCCCAGCAAUUUUUGAUAUAUAUGAUUCAUGUCGUGUUGCUCUGUGACGUCAGAGUGUGGCGGCAACUUUCACCACGAGUGGACAAAAUUUUGAUUUAAUUUUAAAUUACCUGAACUGUCGUCCUCAUGUCAUGGUAUGUUUAAAUCUUGUACAUAAGGAAGCUGAGGAAGAGUUUUCAUUGUUGGAAAUGACUGAAGCAUUUUUGGUCCGUGACAAUUUCAGAGAAUUUUAGUUUAAAAUAUCAUGAAUGUUUUGGUUUUUUGUUUUGUUUUGGUUUUUUUUUAGAAGACGAAAGCAAGGAUUUUCCCUUCACUUCUCAGUGUUACCUUGUAUUUUUAUUUUGUUUGAUUUUUUUUUUUUUUUUUUUUUUUUUUUUUUUUUUUUUUGGAGUUCCUGCCCAGGAAGUUGUUGUGUGCUUCAUGACAUGAAAGCUACUGUAUGUCCGUGUGCGUGAGACACACGGGCCCAGUUUUAACUUUUUAAAUGAUCAGGAUUUAGUUGAAAACCUUGACUAUCGAGCCUUACCUGAUGUCCUGGUAAGACCACAAUCCCAAAUGAUGCUGUUUUCUUGCACUCCCUCUUAAACAUUAGGGGUGUCGGUUAUACUGAUGGGUUCAUGGGGUCGAGCUCAAACUUGGCCCAUGAGGAAGGGAUCACUCUUCACUUUAAGAGGGAAACUCUGGCAGGGCCCUGCAAUGAUGCAGCUGUGCUCUCUCGAAUGUACUUGUGUUGUGGUUUUGAGGUCAAUUAUAUGUAAUUUGCUUAGCCUGCUUUCAUUAGGAAGAUUAUAGAGGAGCAGCAAUUAUCAUUGUCAUGAACAAAUGCAUAAAGGGUGCAUUUGAGUAGUUUACUGCCCUCCCUGUGUGCCACUGUUGGUAGAAACUGUGUGAAAUGCAAAAAAAAGGGCUACCUGACUGGGUAGGUAAAAACACUAUAAAUCAGGCUGUAAAUGUGACUCAUCAAGCAGCCCUUUCAGAUUCCCCUCCAUCGUGAGAGUGACUUCAAAUAAAGCUUCAUUAUUAUCUUCUUGUUCACCUUUUUAAUUUUGAAUUUUAUUUUCAUUUUCUGACCAUGUUUCCAAAGAAGGCAGGGAAAUAAUGUUUUCCUAGAUGUGGUUUUAGGAAAUAAACACAAUAGGGAUUUAAACAAUUAUACUAGAACUGUCUGUAAUUUUCCAUUUUGUACUUCUCCUUUAAUUCCUAGCUACACAGCCAUUUUACAACACAAAAGACUUGUGCUGGAAUAAAACAUCAUAAAGAUCCUAACAGUGUAA